AUGAGGAUCGUAGUUUAUAUACUGUUUGUGCCCUCUCUCAUGGUUUUCAUAGCCGCGGACACAUCAUCCAUUUCACAUACACAGUCCCUCACUUAUGGAGAUACCAUAGUUUCUUACCCACAAGGAACCUUUGAGCUUGGCUUCUUCAAUCUUGGAAAACCCAACAAAACCUACCUAGGGAUCCGCUACAAGAAUAUCCCACUUCGAAACGUUGUUUGGGUUGCAAACGUUGGCAAACCAAUCAAUGAUUCCUCAGCCAUCUUGAAACUAAACAGUUCUGGCAAUUUGGUUUUAACACACAACAACAUAGUGGUUUGGUCCACAGAUUCUCCAAAAGCAGCACAGAAUCCAGUGGCUGAACUCUUGGAUUCUGGCAAUCUUGUGAUAAGAGAUGAGAAUUCAACAAAAUCAAAUCAAGAGGAAUAUCUGUGGCAAAGCUUUGAUUACCCUUCUGAUACAAUGUUGCCAGGAAUGAAGAUUGGAUGGGACCUCAAAAGAAAUCGCAACAGAAACCUAAUAUCAUGGAAGAGUAAUGAUGAUCCAACCCCAGGAGACUUAUCUUGGGGUAUUGCAGUUCACCCCUAUCCUGAGAUCAUUACAAUGAAAGGAACAAAAAAGUACCAGAGAGUUGGACCAUGGAAUGGAUUGCGCUUCAGUGGCAUGCCAGAAAUGUCGCCUAAUCCAAUUUACCACUACGAGUUUUUCUCCAACAAGGAAGAGGUUUAUUACACAUGGACCCUUCAGCAGUCCAGUUUGAUAACAAGAGCAGUACUAAACCAAACCACUCUACAACGUAUUCAUUAUAUAUGGUCAGAUAUUGAUGCAUCAUGGGUAAUAUAUUCAGCUUUGCCAGCUGACGAAUGUGACUAUUAUGGGGUUUGUGGAGCCAAUUCAUAUUGCAGAACUUCUGCUUCACCCAUGUGUGAAUGUUUGCAAGGGUUCAAUCCCAAGUCUCCUGAAAAAUGGAACUCAAAGGACUGGUCCCAAGGAUGUGUCCUUAAACAACCACAAAGUUGCAAAGGUAACUACACGGAUGAGUUUGACAAAUAUGAAGGCAUGAAAGUACCAGAAACUACACAUACUUGGCUGGAUGAGAAUAUUGAUUUAGCUGAAUGUAAAUCCAAAUGCUUGAAAAAUUGCUCUUGCAUGGCUUAUACUAAUUCGAACAUAAGUGGAGAAGGAAGUGGUUGUGUCCUUUGGUUUGGCGAACUAUUUGACAUAGUCAUGCUUCCAACUGGCGGGCAAGAUCUAUAUAUCCGAAUACCUGCUUCGGAGUUAGGUAAAGACUAUUACAACCAUGAAGAGAAACAUGGGCGCAACAAAAUGGUGAUGAUUAUAAUUGCUACCACAAUUGCUGUAGCUGGUGCGAUACUGUUAUUCAGCAUUUUUGUCAUAUACAGAGUCCGAAGGAACAUUGCUGGUAAAUUAUUCACCCAUGUAUUAUCAGUCCUUAAAAUUAAUCAUGCUAUUCUUUUAUAUAUAUAUAUAUCUCUCGAAAUUGAAAUUUGAAAUACUUCAAUGUAAAAGAAAGCACUAGCA